AUGUCAGAUUACGAUUCGGACGAAGAGCCAACGGCCGCGGAUGAGACUGUACUAAACAAGUAUAAGGUCGCAGCAGAAUGUGCACACACUGCUUUGCAGGCAUUAUUGAAAGAAUGUAUCGACGGAGCCAAUAUAAUUGAGCUGUGCGCACUUGGUGACAAACGCAUUGUGGAGGAGACAUCAAAAUUGUACAAAAAAGAGAAAGAGUUAAAAAAAGGAAUUGCCUUCCCGACAACCAUCAGUGUCAACAAUAUUGUGUGUCAUUACUCUCCUAUCGAUGGGGAAGAAAACGCAAUUGUACAGCUGAAACAGGAUGACUUAGUCAAAAUUGACUUAGGUGCUCACAUUGACGGCUUUGCCGCCGUAGUCGGCCACACAUUUGUGGUCGGUGCAAAUGCGGAUACCAAAAUAACUGGCCGGAAAGCAGAUGUUAUACUGGCUGCCUAUUAUGCUACUGAAGCCACUAUGCGUCUUCUUAAACCUGGAAAUGAUAAUUUCAAAAUUACUGAUGUCAUCUCAAAAGUUGCCAGCGAGUUUAAUUGCAAACCCGUGGAAGGUGUUCAGUCUCAUCUGAUGCACAAGUCGGUUUUCGACGGCGAGAAGUCUAUCGUCCUCAACCCAUCUGAAGAGCAGAGGAAGGCUGUUGAGAAGUGCUCUUUAGAAAUGUACGAAGCUUGGAUUAUCGAUAUCGUCAUGUCAACUGGCGAAGGAAAAACGAAGGAGGAAAAUGCUCGACCAACCAUCUACAAGAAAAAUGAGACUGUGUACCAUCUGAAAAUGAAGGCUUCUAGACAAUUUUACAGUGAGGUCUCGUCAAAGUUCCAGAUUUAUCCUUUCAACAUCAGAGGUGUCGAUGAUAUUAAGAAGGCUCGCUUUGCUGCGACUGAAUGUGCGCGGCAUAAUGUAAUCACACCUAUGACGGUUCUCUCGGAAAGAGAAGAUGAGUUCGUAGCCCAGUUCAAAUUCACUGUCCUGCUAAUGCCCAACGGACCUAUGCGAAUUACCGGAAUUGAUGUCCCAGCCCAUCAAGUCCUCGGGUGGCAAGAAGAAAAAGCCUGCAACGACGGCCUGAUUUUCUGA